UGCAGCUGGGCUGGCCAAAUCCUGAACACAGAGUGAGAAAAAUAACGAAAAAUAACAACCCGACCGUGUUGUUCCUCGGGCUUGACUCACUUGCCGUGGACCACCCACCCCACCACGCCUAGCCGCACGCGCUUGACGGUCGUUUCUCGAGUCAGAUUCCACUUAGGGUGAUUACGUCGGACCUGACUAAGAGGGCGACCCGGAUUGGGCUCCCCAAUCUCGACCCCAUUCCGCAUUCCAUUCCGCCUCUCAUUUGGGGCAGGUCGGCAAUGCAGGCCGGCUGUUUGGGUGGGCCAUAACUGGGCCAAUGACUAUUUCGUAGACCUUUGCACGUCCAUUCAUUAAUUGGAGGGGUGAUUGCGGGGCGGACCCUUGUCGGCCACUCCCAUUUCCUCCUGCUCGUCCCAUGUCUGGUUUACGUGGUGUGCGUGCUUGGCUCGUCUGCCCCUUACUUGAUUAGUGUAGUGGUCACUCUCGGGGAUAGGAGCUCUCAUUGUGUCGUUGCCUCGUUGCCUCGUUGCCGGAACAACCCGUGAGCUCUUGAUCCACCAGACCGACCACACCGACCCCUCACCGACUGAGCGACCCAUCGGCGAGUUGUGAACGCCUGUUGCACUGGCCAUGGAUCCUCGGCCCCCUUGGUCCGUGUCCUCGGUGUCUGUGCACAACCGCGUAUCGCCCGUAUCGGUUGGACGCGUUGCUCCGACCUACAGCAGUGGUGGCUCACAUUACAAUAACACGACCCACACCACGCCCGCGUCCUCUGGGGGUGGAGGGAAAGCCCCUCUGAGUGGUCACGAAGCGGGUGGUCACUUACGAUCGGAAGAGGGGGAUUUGAACCGAACGUCGACCCCGGCUCAUCUAUCGCUCUCGCAUUCCCACUCUAUUCGCCAUGAAAUCCAGCGAUUUGAGUCGGUUCAUCCCUCAAUCUAUGCCAUUUACGAUCUCAUCGAGCUCAUUCCGGACCCAUUGCUGGCUCAGCAAGUGCGCGAGCACGUGGUCUCGAUUGAAGAUUCGUUCGUCAAUAGUCAAGAGUGGACCCUUUCCCGGGGAGUACCCGAUCUGCGCCUUGGCAUCGUAGGGUCCUUAUCGUCGGGCAAAUCCGCCCUGGUCCAUCGCUACCUCACUGGUUCGUACAUGCAAGAGGAGAGUCCGGAAGGAGGCCGAUUCAAAAAGGAGGUCGUAGUCGGCAAUAGGAGUUAUUUAUUGCUGAUUCGCGAUGAAGGCGGACCGCCGGAACAUCAGUUUUCUCACUGGGUGGACGCGGUCAUCUUCGUCUUCAACUUGGAGAGCGAGGCUAGCUUCAAUGCCAUUCUUGACUACUACCACAAGAUUUCGCAGUUCCGAAAUUUGCAAAGUAUCCCCAUCAUUCUUGUCGGUACCCAAGACGUAUUGUCGGAUUGCCGCCCCCGAGUCAUUGAUGAUUUACGUGCUCGGAAACUAGCUUUCGACCUGAAUCAAUGCGCUUAUUAUGAGACUUGUGCAACAUACGGUCUUAACGUGGAACGAGUGUUCCAAGAAGCUUGUCAGAAGAUUACUUUGGGACGAGAUCCAGUGACGAAGUUCCUGCCUGCCAACGGAAUACAUCACGACUUCAUCCAAGGGCCGGGAAAAUCCUUCCGCACCUCUCCUGACCUCGUGGACAAGCGACCUCGCAGCAAACUGCCUUCACCAGGGAGUGGGACAUCUUUCAACGAAAUGUUGGACGGCAACGGGGUCUUAUCCAACGCCUUGGAUUCGUGCAGCUUGGGCCCAGAUCCCAAUGAAUCAUCAGAAUUCCCUUCAUCUACAUCAGCUCCUUUGGGAACCUCUGGUGGAACCGCUAACCUAACCCCAACUCUCACGCCCACCUCAUCCAGGAAGAACAGAAGGCGAUCCAAUCUGUUCACCCCGCAUAAGAAAAAUCAAGAAGAAAAACAAAGUGUUGUUCCAACCAAUCCUACGGCUCAACUUGGGUCCGGGAGGUCCAUUCCAAUCCGGCAAGGGUACCUGUACAAACGAACGAACAAUAGCUUCAGCCGUGACUGGAAAAAGAAAUACGUGACUCUGAGCAAUGAUGGACGAAUGACUUAUCAUCCUAGCCUUCAUGACUACAUGGAGAAUGUCCAUGGCAAAGAGAUCCUACUUCAGUAUGUGACUGUAAAAGUCCCAGGUCAAAAACCGAGGGGUUCGCGAGUAGUCGUGUCCAGCGAAGAUCAAAUCAAUAGCCAAGACACUAAUAUCUCGAUUGCUAACAGUACCAGUCAUUUUGGCUCGGACAAGAAAAGCUCAGAGAAGGUUUUGUUGACCGGUUUUGAACGCAUCAAAGAAUCCAUCACAGCUAAUGAAGAGGCGGAAAGUCCCGAGAAAAAUCCCAUUGAGGCCUCAAAUGGGAAAAAAAGAUUGCGGAAAUUGAAGAACAACGGCGUCAAAGUAAAUCCCGACGCAGAAGAUCUAGACAACUGUGAAUUCCACAUUGUUAGUUUAGACAAUCGUCAAUGGCAAUUUGAGACUACCACCGUCGAGGAGAGAGACUUGUGGAUCAACGCGAUUGAGCAACAGAUUCUCUCGUCCCUUCAAGGAUUAGAAGCCGAAAAGAUCAAAUCUAAGGGAUCCGAGGAGAAUUGUUCAGUUUUGCUUAGAACAGAUGCUUUGGGGAACUUAGCAUGUGCGGAUUGCGGGAAUGCGGACCCUGAUUGGGCCAGCAUUAACAUGGGUGUUCUCGUAUGCAUCGAGUGCUCCGGGGUCCACCGUCAAUUAGGCUCCCACAUCUCGCGUGUGCGCUCGUUGGAAUUAGAUGAAUGGCCCGCCGGUCAUAUUGCCGUAAUGACUGCUUUGGGCAAUCGAUUGGCCAAUUCGGUCCUCGAAGACCGAUUACCGCCUAAUAGGAAACCGGGUCCAAUGGGAAGCCAAAAAGACAAGGAGGCUUUUAUAAUUGCCAAGUACAAAGAUCAUGAUUAUUUAAAGCCGCUACCGAACGGCUAUUCUAAGGCUGCUUUAUUCCUCACGGAUUCCAUCCUCGGAGCCGAUGUCAAGGGCGUUCUUCACGCGUUGCUCCACUGUUUUGGGAAUGAGUUGAAUUCCUCAAUAAACCCACCUCACGACGAGAGAACCCCCCUUCACAUUGCCUACGACUCUCGGAAUAUUGCUAUUUCGCAGCUACUUGUGUGGGCUCAUUCCGGCCUUCACAAUCAAAACAUAUCAACCAAUCCCAAAGACGAUAAACUGAUCAGUCGCCUCGAGAAAUCGUUCUUUACCCACCCCAACGAUAACAUCGAACUGUCGUAGAUUCGAAGAAUGGACGGUACCUUAUCCAAUUUUAUCAAUUGUCCAUGAAGGAUUACCAAAGAAGCCAAAUAAAAUAAGAUUUCAAACCGAA